CAAACUUCAAACACCAAACUUCAAUUCCCUCCUGCCAGCCUGAGAUGUGGGGCGGAUACGUUGAAAAGAGGAAGGAAGAUCCUUGACGUUCAGCGCUCAGAAACACCGCGAUGGCUGCCGAGGUUGCUUCUGUCGUUGCCGCGUUUGGCGCGCUUUCCACCGCUGAUCAGGACAAGGUUCGGGAGGCGUUGCUACAUGGGGACAAAGGCAAUGCAGCGGUGGACAAUGCAGGCGCUAAGCCGCGGGGCAAGAUUCAGGCCAUGAGCGCGGAGGUGGUGGACAGCAAUCCAUAUAGUCGGCUGAUGGCCCUCCAGCGGAUGGGCAUCGUGGCCAACUACCAGGACAUCCGCAGCUUCACAGUGGCCAUUGUGGGGAUGGGCGGCGUCGGCAGCGUUGCAGCCGAGAUGCUGACACGCUGUGGUAUCGGGCGGCUGCUGCUGUAUGACUACGACACUGUCGAGUUAGCCAACAUGAAUCGCCUCUUCUUUCGCCCCGAGCACGUGGGCAUGACCAAGACAGAUGCUGCUGCCAAAACGCUGGCGGAGAUCAACCCCGAUGUGGAGCUGGAGAGCUUCACGAGCAACAUCACAACGGUGGACGGCUUCGAGGGCUUUGUGCGCAGCCUGACUCAGGCCCCUCUGGGGUUCCAGGCAGAGCCGCCUCUGCCGGGAGGGCCGGUGCGCGGCAAGGGCAGCCGGGUGGACCUCGUCCUGAGUUGUGUCGAUAACUACGAGGCACGGAUGACAAUCAACCAGGCGUGCAACGAGCUGGGCCAGCCGUGGAUGGAGAGCGGCGUGUCGGAGGACGCGGUGUCGGGCCACAUCCAGCUGCUGCUCCCGGGGGAGACCGCCUGCUUCGCGUGUGUGCCGCCGCUGGUGGUUGCUUCCGGCAUCGACGAGCGCACGCUGAAGCGCGAGGGCGUGUGCGCGGCGUCGCUACCGACCACGAUGGGCAUGGUGGCCGGCCUGCUCGUGCAAAAUAGCCUGAAGUACCUCCUCCGCUUCGGCACCGUCUCGCGCUACCUGGGCUACAAUGCGCUGGCGGACUUCUUCCCCACCAUGGAGAUGCGCCCCAAUGUGCAGUGCGAUAAUGCUGCCUGCCGCGCCCGCCAGGCCGAGUACGCCGCUUUGGCGCCGGAACGCGAGGCUGCGGCGCGGGCUGCCCAGGCCGCGGCUGCUGCAGUGGAGGAGCCGCAGGUGGUGCACGCCGACAACGAGUGGGGCAUCGCAGUCGAGGAAGGGGACGGCGAGGGGGCAGCCGCGGGAGGGAGCGGACAGCAGAGCGGAUCAACAGAAGCUGCACCUGCGCUUCCGGACGGGAUCCAAUAUUUGAUGGCGAAAAGAGACGAGGUUGACGAGAGCACAUUGGCGGAGCUAGCAGUAGGCAGAACAGACACAUCUCUUGACGACUUACAAAAACAGUUGGAUGCGCUGAACAGUGGACCUUGAUUGUUUCACCCCUGAAACAACAUUUACAAGAGUUGAAGCUCACAGGGACUGUCACGUGCCAGUGCUCAAUGUGGGUUAUGAUCAACUCUGGACAUGGCUUUGCAGCCAAGCAAGCUGCAGAGUCAACUCAUUGUACCGUCCCGAUCCUCAUGGCACAAUUACGUAUAGCUCAAGGCCCAAGGGCGUUAAUAAACCGUGCUCAGCUAGUUACCAUCAACAGUGACC